AUGUCAACUUUGAUACCUGACGCUCCAUAUGACCCCAGAGCAGAAGGAGUCAAAGCUGACCUAGAAUAUGGUGCGCUUACAUCGAAGGAAUACUUGUAUGUUUCAAAGCAUCCAGUAGGCGAACCGUUGCCAACCCCUAUCGACGAUGAGCCUCCGUACUUAAUUCACCUAGCAACUUUAUUGAGCUACUUGAUACUAAUAAUCAUUGGGCACAUACGUGACUUUUUUGGUAAGAUUUUCAAGCCACAAGACUACGAAGAUUUGGUGGAGAAGGAUGGGUAUGCUCCUUGGUAUGACGGAUUCGAGAAUUUUUAUGUUCGGCGUUUAAAAACAAGAAUUGAUGAUUGUUUUGCUCGACCUGUUCAUGGAGCACCAGGCAGAUACAUCAAAUGUUUUGAGAGAACACGAAAGAACAAAGACUUCACCUAUCUGGGACAAUCCGUGGAGUGCUUAAACUUGUCGUCAUAUAAUUAUUUAGGAUUCGCUCAGUCUCAUGGAGUGUGCACAGAUAAUGUUUUAUUGCAAGUUAACAAACUUGGAACUUCAUCGUGCUCGCCUAGAAAUGCGAUAGGAACCACAGCAUUGCACGUAAAGUGCGAAAAGGUUAUUGCAGAUUUUGUUGGAAAAGAAGAUGCAUUAAUUGUGAGUCAAGGAUAUGGAACCAACGCAAGUCUAUUUGCUUCGCUUGUUGAUUCUCAGUCCUUGGUGAUAAGUGAUUCCUUAAACCACGCAUCAACUCGUUUUGGGAUCAGACUUUCAGGGGCGAUUGUGAAGGUUUUCAAGCAUAAUGAUAUGAAGGACUUGGAGAAGCUCAUUAGGAACCAGAUUGCUCAAGGUCAACCCAAAACACAUCGGCCAUGGAAAAAGAUCAUAAUCGCUGUUGAAGGGUUGUAUUCUAUGGAAGGCAACAUGGUGAACCUUCCGGCUGUGGUUCAAUUGAAAGAGAAAUAUAAGUGUUAUCUCUUUGUCGAUGAGGCCCAUUCUAUUGGUGCUUUAGGUCCCCAAGGGCGUGGUAUAUGCGAUUACUUUCUGGUAGAUCCUAAAGACGUUGAUAUAUUGAUGGGAACAUUGACUAAGUCCUUUGGAGCAACUGGGGGUUACAUCGCGGCUGACAAAUGGAUCAUUGACAAGCUCAGACUUAGUUAUUUGAACAACAGCUUUGGCGAAGGUGUGCCUCCCCCUGUUUUGGAGCAAAUAAUAUCAUCGCUUAGUGUGAUUGACGGUUCAAUAAAUCCAGGUGAAGGAGAAGAAAGAUUGAAAAGAAUUGCUUUCAACUCUCGGUAUUUGCGUCUUGGGCUCAAGAAGUUGGGCUUUAUUGUUUACGGUGCUGAUGAUUCUCCAGUCAUCCCUCUUUUAUUGUACUUGCGUGCGAAGAUGCCUGCGAUAUCAAGAAUGUUGUACUCAAUGAAGAUUGCAGUUGUGAUUGUGGGUUACCCUGCUACUCCAAUAACAACUGCUAGAGUUAGAUUGUGCGUUAGCUCGGCGUUGACCAAAGAGGACUUGGACUAUGUCCUCCGAAAAUUCAGCGAGGUUGGAGACACCUUAUACUUGAAAAAUAGUAGCGGUAUAGCUGGUGGAUCAAAAUUACCUGGAGCCAGACCCAGGAUGUCCAUUGAGGAUGUUCUUGCAACAAAUGUUAGCGAUUGCAAGCUCCCAGUCUUAUUCUAA